GCCGGAGGGCCGGAGUAUCCGCGGGAGUCGCUGCGAGCAGCCGCGGUGGCGGCGCGUCUUUGCAGUUGCGCCAUCUGUCAGGAGCUCAGCCGGCGGGGAGGGGGCUGCCGCGGGAGAGGAGGAGGGGUCGCGGCCAGCUGAAGGCCGCCGACACCCGCCCGCCGGCCGGUCACAGGAGCAGGGGUGAGGCUGCGCUUGGAGCUGCGCGUCCCCAGCAGCAGCUGCCCGGGUGCGGCGCUUCUUCCUGCACGCCGAGGACUCUCCGGACGCACACAAAGCCACCGCCCGCGCCGCACCGCCCGGCGGCCGCCGUCCGCACCACAGAGGGAUCGUGCCGCCGGGCCGGGGACGCCCUCCUUCCCACCGUACCCUCCUUCACCCUACCCGGCGCCGCCCCCUCGGCACUCUCCAGGGCCCACCGGGCAGCUGCCGGAGCCGCCGCAGCCGCGCCCGACCACAGCAAGGAGAGGACCAUGUGAAUGGGCUCCGGUGCCUGACGCCGCGCAGUUUUUUGAAGAAGCAGGAUGCUGAUCUAGACGUGGAAAAAGCCUGGUCUUGCCGCUGUUGUAGAAGACAUGUGGUGUAUAUAAAGUUUGUGAUACUUGGCGGAAAUUUUGGAGUUUAGAUAAUGGGCUGUGUGCAAUGUAAGGACAAAGAAGCAACAAAACUGACGGAGGAGAGGGACGGCAGCCUGAACCAGAGCUCCGGCUACCGCUAUGGCACAGAUCCCACCCCUCAGCACUACCCCAGCUUCGGCGUGACCUCCAUCCCCAACUACAACAACUUCCAUGCAGCGGGCGGCCAGGGGCUCACCGUCUUCGGGGGUGUGAACUCUUCGUCUCAUACUGGGACCUUGCGCACCAGAGGCGGGACAGGAGUGACGCUGUUUGUGGCCCUCUAUGACUAUGAAGCACGGACGGAAGAUGACCUGAGCUUUCACAAAGGAGAAAAAUUCCAAAUCCUGAACAGCUCGGAAGGAGACUGGUGGGAAGCCCGCUCACUGACGACCGGAGAGACGGGUUACAUUCCCAGCAAUUAUGUGGCUCCAGUUGAUUCAAUCCAGGCAGAAGAGUGGUACUUUGGAAAACUGGGCCGGAAAGAUGCAGAGCGGCAGCUAUUGUCCUUUGGCAACCCGAGAGGUACCUUUCUCAUCCGUGAGAGUGAAACCACCAAAGGUGCCUAUUCACUUUCUAUCCGUGAUUGGGACGAUAUGAAAGGAGACCAUGUUAAACAUUAUAAAAUUCGCAAACUUGACAAUGGCGGAUACUACAUCACCACCCGGGCCCAGUUUGAAACCCUUCAGCAGCUUGUACAGCAUUACUCAGAGAGAGCUGCAGGCCUAUGCUGCCGCCUAGUAGUGCCCUGUCACAAAGGAAUGCCAAGGCUUACCGAUCUGUCUGUCAAAACCAAAGAUGUCUGGGAGAUCCCCCGAGAAUCCCUGCAGUUGAUCAAGAGACUGGGAAAUGGGCAGUUUGGGGAAGUAUGGAUGGGUACGUGGAAUGGAAACACGAAAGUAGCCAUAAAGACUCUUAAACCAGGCACAAUGUCCCCGGAGUCGUUCCUGGAGGAAGCGCAAAUCAUGAAGAAGCUAAAGCAUGACAAGCUGGUGCAGCUGUACGCCGUGGUGUCUGAGGAGCCCAUCUACAUUGUGACCGAGUACAUGAACAAAGGAAGCUUACUUGAUUUCUUGAAAGACGGAGAAGGAAGAGCUCUGAAACUGCCCAACCUGGUGGACAUGGCCGCACAGGUGGCUGCAGGAAUGGCUUACAUCGAGCGCAUGAACUACAUCCACAGAGAUCUGCGGUCAGCAAACAUUCUGGUGGGAAAUGGACUCAUAUGCAAGAUUGCCGAUUUUGGACUAGCCCGGUUGAUUGAAGACAACGAGUACACGGCAAGACAAGGUGCCAAGUUCCCCAUCAAGUGGACGGCCCCCGAAGCAGCCCUGUAUGGAAGGUUCACGAUCAAGUCUGACGUUUGGUCCUUCGGAAUCUUACUCACAGAGCUGGUCACCAAAGGGAGAGUGCCAUACCCAGGCAUGAACAACCGGGAGGUGCUGGAACAGGUGGAGCGUGGCUACCGGAUGCCCUGCCCGCAGGACUGCCCCAUCUCUCUGCAUGAGCUCAUGAUCCACUGUUGGAAAAAGGACCCCGAGGAGCGUCCCACCUUUGAGUAUUUGCAGAGCUUCCUGGAAGACUACUUCACCGCCACAGAGCCCCAGUAUCAGCCUGGUGAGAACCUCUAAGGCCACCGCCAUGGACAGCAACUGACUGGCCACAGUGUCCCCAGAGAAAAGGCCUUUGUCCAGAGGCUAGUCCCUCCUUCCCCACUAGCUUUCAAUUCCGUAGCCAGCUGCCCCGAGCGUGAGCCAAGAGGCGAGAACCGUCCAGCAUCAGAUUGCAUGUGACUCCGAGGCUGACGAACGUCCAUGGCCCUCAUUAAUGACACUUAUCCCCAAAUCCGAACCUCCUCUGUGAAGCAUAUGAGACAGAACCUUCUUAUUUCCCACACUUGGGAAAAUGCAUUGUAUCGAUGUUAUGUAAAAGGCCAAACCUCUGUUCAGUGUAAAUAGUUACUCCAGUGCCAACAAUCCUAGUGCUUUCCUUUUUUUAAAAUGCAGAUCCUAUGUGAUUUUAACUCUGUCUUCACCACCUGAUUCAACUAAAAAAAAGGUAUUAUUUUGCAAAAGUGGCCUCUUUGUCUAAAACAAUAAAAUUUUUUUUCAUGUUUUAACAAAAAACAAUCAGGACAGGUGUUUGGUUUUUUUUAUAUAAAUGCUUAUAUGUAUAUAUAUAAAAUGUAUGUCUCUGUAUAUACACCAUGUGGGUGCUAAUGUAUGACCACGGCCAACGCGGGCCACAUAGCUGUAGGACCCACAGUGAGGGUUUGACUGCAAAAUCAGCAUCAGAAAGGACUGGUAUCAUUCUGAGAACCGGUGGUCUCAUUUUUGGCUUUGCAAAGCAUGAAGGUUUUUUCCAUCUGGAUUGUACUUUUUUUCCUUCCCGACGGCACCUGUCGAUGGACGGUCCUUUGACUCCUCACAAGACAUACUCCAGGGCUGAAUCUGUAAGUUCUGCUACCAGGAUUUGCUUCAACUCACUGCAACUAUUUUUCUUUUCUGGAAACUUAAAAGUGAGCCAACUUAAGCCAACAAACAGCCAAUACUACAAAGGGAACUGGAAGACGGAAACCACACAGACUUCUUAUAGUUAAAAGGAAAAUGAAUGCAGAAAUGUUUUUUGAAUUUUUUUAAUUUAAUAAACCUUAUAGCCACAUGUAAAUGGUCUAAAACCCAUAUAGCAUUGUAGUCAAGACAAACUGCUAAACUUUCUCAUGCAACUAAAACUGAAGGGGGAGGGGGAGGGCGGGCGAGGGUUGUAUGUUUCCGAUUGUAAAAUGCGCGUGACAAAGCUCCUGUCCCGGCUGACAGCCACUUCCUCCGCCUCCAAGGUUCUCCCAUGGAAUGACUAUGCACUGCUUUCCAUCUCCUGGGGAUACACAAGGACAAGUGUUACAUUUUCAGUCGUUGUUUGUACCAACCUUGAAUUACGUAUGUUGCACAACAACAGAUCAAAACUCCUAUUUCUAUUGAGUUUUUAAUACUGAAUAGCAACUCCGGAGGCCUAAUUCCUUUUUUGUUAUGAUUUAUUUGUGAGUUUACAUUUUUAAAUUGUUUAACUUUCUUAAUUUAGUAAUUAAAGAAAGAGCAUUUUACAUUUGAACAAUUUUUGGAUUCAUUUGUUUAGAUCACAGAAGGUACUCUGGGAGUCCUGUGAGUCACCUGUCCCAUUCCAGAUGCUAAGGGGUCACCUGGUGGCUCUCCACGGUGUAAUUGCCAAAUGACAGAAGCAGCGCAAACAUCUGGAGAGUCCACACUGCCCCUUUCUCGCCCACCAUCUCAGGGCAAGGCAGCUGUCUAGCUAAUUCAGAGGUUUGUUAAAGCAAGACGGGGCAUACACUAACAUUUUCAUUCAUCAGAUUUUCUCUAACUGGAAUUUGCUGUGUCUCACUGGCAGGAGAAAGGGACUCUUCGUGUCCUGCAGUCCACAAAUGUGUAUUCCCCUCUGGCCCUGCACUUCAUCAGGGUGGGUGAGAGGGAAGGGGGGACCAUGCUCAUGGCCUCAGCCUGCUCUGCCUCACUUGCUAUGGCACAGUGAGCUUUCCUGACCCCUCUGUGGAGAUGAGAGAUGGGCGAGAUUCAUCCCGUAGUUCUAAAAGCCCGUGAUUCUAAGACCACUCAUCUUUAUGGCACAUCCCACAGCAGGAGGGCUUUGUGGGGGAAUGACCUUCACAUUUAGCACUUCCAACAUUUAGGUUUUUUUGUUUUUGUUUUUGAUUUUGAUUUUUUUUGUAAAGAGGUGAAGGAAAUAUUUCUCGGUAACCAAAGCUUUAUGGUUCUGUUUCAGGUGCUCAACUGAUAUAUAAAACUUAAAAGAUAGUAUGACAUAUCAUUACUAGCAACCUAGGGAAACUUGAUGAACAUGUUCUAGAUGUUUUUAAAGAUAGCCCUGUUUUUAAUCUUCACAUUCCACUAAAUUGGGUAAUUUGCACAUACCCUCUUGAGGA